AUGGCCCCCGCUCUGACAGACACUACUGCGGCAGACUUAGCCGCGCCUACAAAAACACCCAAUCUGGUUGCGCCAGAACCUGAGCACUGUCCCGGCCCCGAAUCAGAACAAGCAGGCCAAGGUGAUGCCUGCGUCGGAUGCCCCAAUCAGUCCAUCUGUGCCUCUGCACCAAAAGGGCCCGAUCCAGAUAUCCCACUGAUCACUGCACGGCUUUCACAAGUCAAACACAAGAUCCUCGUUCUGUCUGGCAAAGGAGGCGUCGGCAAAUCAACCUUUUCGACAUUACUCGCCCAUGCCUUUGCGUCAAACCCGGAGUCGACCGUAUAUGUCUGCGAUACCGAUAUUAGUGGACCCUCAAUUCCAAAAAUGAUGGGUGUUGAAGCCGAGACUAUUCAUGUUAGUAACGCCGGCUGGAGUCCUGUAUGGGUGACGGACAACCUGGGAGCGAUGAGUAUUCAAUUCAUGUUGCCCAACCGAGACGAUGCUGUGAUCUGGAGAGGUCCUAAGAAAAACGGACUUAUUAAGCAAUUUUUGAAAGACGUGGAAUGGGGCGAAGCCGAUUAUUUAAUUGUGGAUACGCCUCCAGGCACAUCUGACGAACACCUGUCUGUUAAUUCAUUACUCAAGGAAUCUGGAGUGGACGGUGCUGUAGUUGUGACAACGCCGCAAGAAGUGUCAUUGCUGGACGUCAGGAAAGAGAUUGAUUUCUGCAAAAAGGCUGGCAUCAAGAUUCUAGGACUUGUGGAAAAUAUGUCCGGAUAUGUUUGCGGCAACUGCCAGACAACCUCGCACGUUUUCCGACCAACAACGGGUGGAGGCCGACGUUUGGCUAGGAAGAUGGGUAUACCCUUCCUGGGAUCUGUGCCCCUAGAUCCCCGGGUUGGCAUGGCUUGUGACUAUGGGGAAAGCUUCUUGGAGAACUACCCUGAUAGCCCAGCAUCCAAGGCCAUUCAGAACGUGGUUCGAGCAGUUAGCGAACAAAUUGGUGAAGAUCCGGAGAAAGUCAUACCGUCAGAUCUUUGA